AUGUCGUACCAUCCACGCGGCUCUCGUAUGCCACACAGUAGCACCUCAUCCCCUGGAUCUGCGGGGGCUACCGAUUCCGGCACAAACAGCUCUCGAUUGCCUCGGUCUCUCUUGGCAAGGCCAGUCAACUUCCAGAGAACCGGCCGAGCAUUAUCUUUGUCGAGCGCUGAAGAUUCAGGAACCAUUCCAGCGCCAAUAUCCACACACGAGCCAGCUCCUCGAGCAAAGCGGCAGUCAUGGCUGCCGCGCCCUAAUCCCGGUUUAGCCUCGACUUCUCCCUCCACUUCUCCCGCCCCAACAACCUUUUCGCAAAUUCUGAAUGAGCCCAUUCAAUUACCAUCUGGAAAGUCGACUGGCUCCCAAGGGUCGCCUCCAAAGAAGUCACGCAAUGUUCUGCGCAGGAAAGCCCCAACAAUUGCGGACCAUGUACAACAAUCGCAGAAACUCAGCCUGGUGAUCCCUCAAACAGAGGAGCCCGCUGAAAUUCAGGAUUCACGGAAGUAUUCUACCCCAGAUGCAUAUUCAGCCGGCCCUUCGGCAUCCAAUUCUUCUUCAUAUUCCUCGAUCGACAGACCCAUCCGAAGUGCGAUGGAAACACUGAAAACGCAAGAGCCGGUGGAGCUUGCAAGCCUUCGAACCAAUAUAGAGACCCAGAAUCUACCGCCUCCUACCAACCUAUUUCCAUCCGCCAGCAGUCCUUCCACUCGAUAUUCGGGGUCUCCCGGCAUGUGGAGUCGUGGCUCAACCCCGACUUCGCUGUCGUCCCUACUCGCCGGGCAUUGUGCAUUCCAGCAAGAUUGGACGAAUGAGGCAACCCAGCCCGUCCCAAAUUAG